AUGAAGACUGUGGAGCAAUGCACACACAUUAACAUCCUCUCCUCCUUAUACGCUGUGGCGGUGGUGGUGCACGGACAAGAAGUGACACGGCUGGAGGCAGUAGAUCCUGAAGAUGAUCCUCUGAUCUAUGGCAUCACUGGAGAAGAGGCCAUGAAGUUCUUCAGAGUGGAGCAAGAUGGGAGAGUGUGGCUAGGACUACCACUCGAUCGAGAGAUCAAGUCAGAGAUGCAGGUUGAGUUUACCGUCAGAGACUCAUUCGAGCUGGUCACAGGCACCGUGAACAUCCAAAUUGGGGACGUCAACGAUAACGCGCCAACUUUCCAUGGACAGCCGUACACCGUCCAGAUCCCAGAGCUGUCUCUCCUGUGUGCCCUGCGCUUCAUCUAA